AUGCAAAUGAUCUCCAAGGCAUCAUCUUGCGCCAUGGCUUCGCUCUCUUGCAGCAGGGCAAGGAGUGGGCUAUGCGUAUGGCCAGGUGCAAGACAGCUUUGCCUUCGAAAGAGCCUCUUGUGUGGAUUCAUGUGGUUGCUAUCUACCCCAUUUAAAACAUUGCGCUGUGCUGGCCGAACACUUAGAGUUUCCCAAUUUUGCAGUAUAACAAAUAUGUCAUCCUCAUUGCAAAUUGAAUUGGUGCCGUGUCUGAGGGACAACUAUGCAUAUCUAUUACAUGAUGCUGACACUGGCACAGUAGCUGUGGUUGAUCCUUCCGAGUCUGUACCUAUUGUAGAUGCUCUAAGUAGGAAGAACCGAAAUUUGACCUAUAUACUUAAUACCCAUCACCAUUAUGACCAUACUGGUGGAAAUGAAGAGCUGAAAGCAAGGUACGGUGCAAAGGUAAUUGGCUCAGGGCUUGACAGUGAGAGGAUUCCUGGCAUUGACAUAGGUCUAAAGGAUGGGGACAAGUGGAUGUUUGGAGGUCAUGAAGUUCUUGUCAUGGAAACGCCUGGCCACACCCGAGGUCACAUUAGUUUCUACUUCCCUGGAUCCGGUGCAAUUUUCACAGGAGACACUUUAUUCAGUUUGUCAUGUGGCAAACUCUUCGAAGGGAAACCUGAAGAGAUGCAUGCUUCCCUUCAAAAAAUUUCAUCUUUACCAGAUGAUACAAAGAUCUUUUGCGGGCAUGAAUAUACAUUGAGUAAUUCUAAGUUUGCUCUGUCGAUUGAACCCAACAAUGAGUCGCUGGAAUCAUAUGCAGCACAAGUGGCUCAUCUUCGGAGCAAGAGCUUGCCAACAAUCCCGACCACCCUAAAAGUUGAGAAGGCUUGCAACCCUUUCCUGCGCUCUGCAAGUUCAGAAAUUCGCCGGUCAUUAAAGAUCCCAGAGACGGCAAGUGAUGCAGAAGCAUUGGGAGUCAUCCGUCGAGCCAAGGAUGAUUUUUGA